AUGUCUUCACCUACAUUUGUCGGCCUCAAAGGCCAACCCCUCGUGUAUGCUGUUACCCUUUGCUGCGGUCUUGGUUUUCUCCUCUUCGGUUACGACCUUGGCUUCAUGGGAGGCCUCACCACAUCAAGCGAAUUUCUCAACCAAUUCGGCAAUCCAGGUGCAUCUCUGCUGGGAUUCCUCAUCUCCUCAUAUGAGCUCGGAGCCAUGAUUGGUGCACUUUACAUUUUUCUCUUUGGCGAUAAAUUUGGUCGAAAGCCAAAUGUCAUGAAAGGAGCUAUAAUCAUCUCUAUUGGCGCUAUCAUUCAAACCACCUCCUUUGGUGUGGUGCAAUUCCUGAUCGGCAGAGUUGUAUCUGGAAUCGGCUUGGGAAUGAUGACUACCGUUAUUCCCGUCUGGCUCGCAGAAUGUGCCAACCCUAAGUCUCGAGGUCGAAUGGCGGCUAUGCAGCUGUCUAAUCUCAUCCUUGGAUUGAUUAUCGCCAACUGGUUGGACUACGGCAUGGCUUCCUACUCCGGCUCUGUGCAAUGGAGAUUUCCCUGCGCCUUCCAGAUUUUCUUUUGCAUCAUCAUUGGAUGCUACAUACCAUUCCUCCCCGAAUCACCGCGAUUCCUCGUUAGAGAGGGCAGGUUUCAGGACGCCGCAAGAAGUCUUGCUGCUCUCAGAGGGGUUGAAGACGUUGCUGAAGAGAUUGGUCAAGUCAAAUACGCGGUUGAGAUCGAAGCUAAACAUGGCAGCUGGUCAGAUAUCUUCAAAAACGGUGGUGUCUCUGGACGAACAAGAGUCAUCAUCGCCUUCUGGGUCAAUGCUAUGCAACAGUUGACUGGUUCCAAUGUUAUUUCCAGCCUUGGCCCAUACGUGUUUCAACAUUCCAUCGGAUUAAGUCGUCAUGAUGCACUUCUGGUCUCUGGUGGAAAUCAAGUCUAUUUCUUCCUCUCAAGCCUGAUUGCUUGGUGGGCUGUUGAUAGAUUUGGUCGUCGCCAACUUUUCAUUUUUGGAUCUGCUGGUAUGGCAUUGUGCAUGGCACUUUCCGCAGUGUUUGUCGGAAUAGGUACCAAGAGUCUGGGUUACGGUGCAGUUGUUGUACUUUAUAUCUUCUACACCUUCUUUACCGUUGGGUGGCAGGCAAAUAUGUGGAUUUACCCAUCCGAGAUCCUUCCACUGAAGCUUCGUGUGAGAGGUGGUGCCAUUGGUGUUGUCUCACAAUGGGCUUUCACAUUUUUAGUUGUGGAGAUUACGCCUGUGUUGAUUACGAACAUUGGGUAUAAGUCAUACAUUGUCUUUGCAGUACUCAACUUUGCUGCAAUUCCGGUCGUGUACUUCUUUUUCCCAGAGACAAACCAAUUGCCACUGGAAGCAGUGGAUUUGUUGUUCAGCAGAGACGGGCAGACACCGAAUCUUCUCAAGGUUGUGAGGGAAAGCACUGACAAGAAUGUUCAAGAAGCUGUUCGGGCAAGUCUGCAUAGCAGAGUGGAAGAGUUGGUGGCGGUGGAAAUGAAGGCGAGCGUGGUUCACAGGGAGAAUGUGGUGGAUGCAGCAUGA